CACAGCAAGGGACUGGCCUGGGGACAAAAUGGAGACUUACUGCAACUCAGUAGACGAUGAAUCACCUGAUGUCUCUGUGGAAGAUGAAGAGGAAGAUGAAGAUGAACCCCAAGGACAGCCACUCACUAAAAGCAGCUUAAAAAACCUUAACCAGAGCAGUGGAAGGGGAAAAACUAAGUCACCUGAUGAAAUGGAUAUUGUUCAAAGUGAAGACAGUGGAUUGACAUGGGAGACCAGUUCAAGCCGAUGUUCCACAUCCCAAGCCUCAGAAACUAGUGCAACAUCUGGUAUUUAUAGUAUGGACAACUCAUACAUGGAUUCUCCUCCAGGGAAAUUCAUGGAUGAAGAAAAGACAGCACAGAAAACAAGUAACUCAUUAGAACAGAUGCCGUCAUUUCCAAAUCAAAAUACACACAUGGGCAGUAAAAAAGAAGCGCUUUCUGUAAAGCACAUGCAAGUAACAUGUGAAACAAAAGAACUGGAUCCUGCUGAUCCACAUUCGUGGCCCUUUCAAGUACAACCAUCAAAGAUUAAAGACUAUUUGAUACAAAUCACACAGGAUGUGGAGAAUCCACUGUCAGAAGAAAAAGAAAAUAAUUUGAAAAAAAAGGGUGAGUUGCCACUCAAAGGGACAGUAAGAGCACGGAUUGAGCAGAUCACUGCAGUGUUAGAAGAGAGAAAUAAAAAGAUUUUCCGGAGAGUGAGUGGAAAAGAUUUGCCUUCAAAUAGCAUCAGGAAGCCAAAAGAACCACCAAAAAUAUGUUCAAGGCAAGGCAUUUCUGUAUCUUUAAGGCAUAUUGAAAGAGAUACCAGGGAUAAGAAUAACAAGAAGGAAAUUCUACGUUAUAAUCUGAAGCCUGUGCAGACAAACAUUUCAAAGCCUGGUGUAUCUGCUUUCUAUAAAAAAGAUGAGAGAAAAACAAGAAAACCUGUUCCGUCAGAAACUUUAAAUAAAGAGAAACCAUCACCCAUUCUGAUGCCCCUCACUGACAAAGUCAAUAAGCUGGGUAAUGAAUCAUAUUCACUUGUAACCCAAACAUCAGUGUCAGGACAUGCAGGAUUCGAUCCAUCAGAUCAUCAGUACAAAAUGGUGAAAAAAGCAAAAUCUUUUCUCCCUGAUCCAGUUUCUGUUAUGUCAGAAAAGUCAUCCAGCCUUGCUGAUGAAACAGAGAAACAGACAAUGGAGCAAUACCUCCCAAUGGCCACAGAAGUUCCUCAUAUCUCAGAAGCACCAAGUUCCACAUUAGACAGGGAAACAGCUCAGCCAUGCCCGGCCAUUUGUGAAGUGGAGAACCAGAUGGAUUCAACUGCAGGUGUGCUAUCAGAAUCUGCAGCUCAGGAUGUACCGUAUCCAAAUAUUAUGAAGCCUGAAGCUGUUCAGAAGGAACAUGAACAUUCUCUUCCAGCUGAGACUGGACGCCAAAAUAUUGAACUGCAUCCUUCACAACUAGAGAUGAAAGAUUUGGCUUUGUUGCAUUCUGCUAAAGAAACUGGGAGGCAAGUCAUUACUCCUUAUUCACUUGCAGAGUCUUCACUUGAAGAGGCAGAACCACCACCUUCUGUUAUGGAAACAGAAAGACAAGAAAUGAAGCCUUUGGAGGUAGAAUAUUUAAAGGCAGAUGCACAGAAACAACCAGCCACAAAGUUAGAAACAGAGCCAGACCACCGACGUGUGCUGCCUUCAGUGGAAGAGUCAGAGACCAAAGAGGUAGAAACAUCACCUGAAGAGACAGAACCACCACCUUCCGUUAUGGAAACAGAAAAACAAGAAAUGAAGCCGUUGGAGGUAGAAUAUUUAAAGGCAGAUGCACAGAAACAACCAGCCACAAAGUUAGAAACACAGCCAGACCACCGACGUGUGCUGCCUUCAGUGGAAGAGUCAGAGACUAAAGAGGUAGAAACAUCACCUGAAGAGACAGAACCACCACCUUCUGUUAUGGAAACAGAAAAACAAGAAAUGAAGCCUUUGGAGGUAGAAUAUUUAAAGGCAGAUGCACAGAAACAACCAGCCACAAAGUUAGAAACAGAGCCAGAUCACCGACAUGUGCUGCCUUCAGUGGAAGAGUCAGAGACCAAAGAGGUAGAAACAUCACCUGAAGAGACAGAACCACCACCUUCUGUUAUGGAAACAGAAAAACAAGAAAUGAAGCCUUUGGAGGUAGAAUAUUUAAAGGCAGAUGCACAGAAACAACCAACCACAAAGUUAGAAACAGAGCCAGAUCACCGACAUGUGCUGCCUUCAGUGGAAGAGUCAGAGACCAAAGAGGUAGAAACAUCACCUUUAGAGACAGAACCACCACCUUCUGUUAUGGAAACAGAAAGACAAGAAAUGAAGCCUUUGGAGGUAGAAUAUUUAAAGGCAGAUGCACAGAAACAACCAGCCACAAAGUUAGAAACACAGCCAGACCACCGACGUGUGCUGCCUUCAGUGGAAGAGUCAGAGACCAAAGAGGUAGAAACAUCACCUGAAGAGACAGAACCACCACCUUCUGUUAUGGAAACAGAAAGACAAGAAAUGAAGCCUUUGGAGGUAGAAUAUUUAAAGGCAGAUGCACAGAAACAACCAACCACAAAGUUAGAAACACAGCCAGAUCACCGACGUGUGCUGCCUUCAGUGGAAGAGUCAGAGACCAAAGAGGUAGAAACAUCACCUGAAGAGACAGAACCACCACCUUCUGUUAUGGAAACAGAAAGACAAGAAAUGAAGCCUUUGGAGGUAGAAUAUUUAAAGGCAGAUGCACAGAAACAACCAGCCACAAAGUUAGAAACUGAGCCAGACCACCGACAUGUGCUGCAUUCAGUGGAAGAGUUAAAGACUAGAGAUGUAGAAAUAUUACCUGAUUUAUCUUCUACAGAUCACAGAACAGAAAUACAGGAACAGCAAAGUGUAGAACACUUUGGACUUCCACAGAUCCCGCAUUUUAUGGGUGAAACAGAGAAAGAAGAGACAGAACAAUUGGGAUUGAAUUUAGAAAAGCAGGAUGUUCUGAUGCAAACACCUGUUACUGUAUCACUACAGCCAAAAUUUCAAGAAGUAUCUUAUCCAAGAGAUAAAGCAGAAAAUCAGACAAUACAGCUAGAAAUUCAGCAUCUAGAUUCGUUACUCCCCAUUCCCACUGCGCAGAGUGAAGAAGUUCACCAACACAGUGUACUGAUAGUACAGUCGGAAAGUGAACAGCCAGUUAUUUCUGAACCCAUAAAGACUCUGCAGGGAACAGCAUACGCAGAACGAUCACAUCUCAGAGAAGACACAGAAGCACGUGCACACUCGCCUACUGAAAUAUGCGACAAGACUUCAGAACAGCUACUACCUAUUUCAUCUCUUCUUACUGACAAUGUAGAAAAGCAGGAAACUCAGCCAUCUUCACUAGCAACUGCAAUACCUCAGUCAGAACAGACACACUCUAUUUUACCAUACCCAGCUGAACAAAUGGAGACACAAGACAAUCUUCUGUGUUCUCCCGAGAAAGCAACUUUGAGCUCAGAAGUGCCACUUCUCACUGUGGCUAUCCAAAAUGCUGAUGCAACAAAGCUGGAAAUUCAGCCAGACUCAACCACAAAAGCCCCAUCUGAAGAAUUAGCGUCUCUUUCAAGAGAGUCUGUUGUUGCUGAAGAUAAGACAAUUCAGCCUGAUUUGCCUCUAUCUGCUGAACCUCCUUCUGAAGCAUCUGUUCGGCUACAAGAAGUAGCAAAGUUAGAAAAUCAUACCUCUCCUUCUAUAAAAACAAAUCUGCAUUCUGAAGUUCAGGAUGCAUCACAUCACAUGGGAGAGGAAGGCCAGGAAGGAGGCCACCAUUUGUUUACGACAACACAGCUUGAGAUGAAACCUUCAGUUGCAUUUGAAACAGAAAACCAAAAUAUUAAAACAAAUAACUCGAUACCAUCCCAGCUGGAGAUGGAACCAACAAUUGCACUGAGUUGUUUUGAUGAAGCAGAUGAUAAUAUUAUGCACCAAUCCAUUGCUGAACCUUCACACCCAGAUUCAUUGUGUCCUGUGCAUAUGCCAGAAAAGCAAGAGAGAGUACCAUUGGAGAUGGAAGAAACUCCUCAUCUACUAUCAUCUAUAAGUCUUCAAAAGGAAUCAAAUAUUUCACACUCAGUGGAAGAAAUGGUGAUAAAUGGAAUCCAGCUUCAUUCGCCUGCAAGUGCAGAAGAUUUAUCUGAGACAGUUUGUUCAGCAGAUCUACAAGAUAAUGUCAACUUUUCAACAAGGCCAGCAGCCCCAGAUUCAAGAUUGUUAUAUACACCAAACUCUGAAGCAAUGACAUGUGACAUUGAAGCACCUGAAUUGGAACAUGUGGCAAAGCAACUUACUCAGGCUGCAGUUGCAAAAUUGGAGCCAUCCUAUGUGCAGGUAUUGGAAUCUGUGUCUGAAUCAAGAAAAGAUUUUGAUGUGCCUUUACCAGCGUUAGGUGCUGAGGAAGGAGACAGAUUUGUGACUCCAAGGUCUGACCAGGACCAUCUAAUUUUAUCAGAUGCAGAAGGAAAAGAAGCUGAACAUUAUUCAUCUGUAACUCCAACAUCUACUGCUGCCCCUGAACCACAAGGAAGUCAAAGGUAUUCAUCUAAUGAGGCUUCCAAACAAUCUCCGAUGAUUUCAUCAUUCUUUGUAGGUGACACACAGUCUCUAGUAAGCUCUGUCCUACCUCCAGAACAAUCAUAUUUUCUUUUGUCAGAUCAUAAUAAAAAAGAAGAGAAAGAAGAAAAUCAAUCCCUUUCCCCUGAAAAACCAGAAACAUUUCCAGAGGAGCUGGUGUCCAUUACAGCCUUCCUCAAGGGUGAAACAAAGGAAGAGCCCCUUCAUUCAUCUGGGGUUGUAAAAAUUAUGUCCGAAGAAUCAAAGUCUAUAUUAGAAGAUUUUGCUUCUGAAGCAGUAAAAGAAAUAGCUACUUCUUUCCCCCUAGUUUCUGAAGAGUGCCUUUCAAAAGAAACUUCUUUGCCGUUUGUUGUUGAUACAGCAGAAGAACAGAAUUGGUCUCAUUCUCUGCUGACUAAAGAGUCAAAGCAACUGGCUGCUGAAGAAGAAGAUGCAGAAGAUGAUCAAUCUCAUUUACUUUCUACUACACAGUCUGAGAGAAAGAAUGAGGCUAUCCAGCUAUGCUGCCCUGUAACAGCACAGCUGGAGCUAGAAGGCAGGACAUUAUUGAAUUCUAAUAAAGGGAUCAGCAAGCAGGAGAUACCUCAACAUUUACUUUCCACUGUUCAGUCAGCACCUGUAUACCAGGAAUUAUUGUAUCACAAGGAGGAAAGAGGUAACCAAGAGAGGAUAGCUUUGGAGACUGAACAUUCAAAGUUCCUACAGUCGCCAGUUUUGCAACAGGAGUCAGAACACACAGAUAUAUUGCAGCCAACAAAAGAAAUGGAGAGGGAAACAAUUCAGCUUUGUUCAUCUGCAGCUGUUCAAGAUUUAUCCCAGCCUGCUAGUGAGAAGGGCACACUGGAGUUUCAGGGCUACUUGCCUAAAACUGCAGAAGUGGAUUUUGGAGUUUCUAAGUCAUCAGAAUCUACGGAUGAAGCACAGAAAAAAGAAAUCCAGCUACCAAGGCUUGAAGCUGAAGAGUUAGACUACAAUCAACUGGCUUCAUCACUCCUCACCGAUAUAAUGGAGAAGCAAGGAAUUUGUUCACAUUCCCCAGAAGCCUCUGUUUCAGCGGUACUGGGACAAUCAAACUCUGCUUUGAUGGAUUUUACUGAAAAAGCUAAAAAGCCAGAAGUCCAGCCUUGUCCUGAGACACUGGCAACAGAAGAGCCGUUGUCCAUUGCUGCAUUCCUCCUUUCUGAGGCAAAAGAAAUGCAAACUUCUUUUCUUAAGACUGCAAAAGAAGAGAAUCGAGAGACUCAACUUCCUUUCAAAGAACCUGAUCUGUUGGUAGAGGGAUCCAAAAGUGGUUCAGCCUGGACUCUUGAGACUGAUGUCGCAAUUAAGAAGGAAAUUCAGUCUUCUCAGACAGAGUUUGAAACAGAACAGCUUUCUCGUGAACUUCAAGCAGAGGUUACUGACCAAGAUAACAGAGAAAAUAUCUGUAAUAUUCCCAUAAUACCUAACUUAAUCUUGAAUGAGCCUUCUGAUAUUGUACUACAAGAACCAAUGAAUGAUACUCAGCCAUGGUCAGCAGACUCUGAUCAAACUACCAGUAAGUCUAUUGUAAUCAGCACUGAAAAUAUUUCAGAAAGUGAAGACAUAAAGCAUUUACCUCAGACAAACAUAACUUGGGAAGAGCCUGAAAACUACUUACAAAAAGAGAAGGAAUUAAAAGAUAAUGAAAAACCAAGAAAAAAUAGCACAGCUACUCCAGAACUUGAUCAAGGAAAAGACGCAUCCAGUAAUCCUGAAGAUCAUGAGACAGGGAAUCUUGAUAUCCCUCCACUUGCUUCUUCAGUUGAUAAAGAAGAAGAUACGCACAUGCCGGAGAAAUUAAAAGAUUUGGAAACGGUUUCCACCCUGAAAACCAAACCGUUUCAUCUAAUUGAAAAUUCAAUUGUUGAUCAGAGAACUUCAACAUGUAAACCAGGUACAAAAACUUCAGACAGCUUAAAAACAGCCAACUUUGAAAAUAAAGAAAGUGAAUUAAAAGAACUUGUUAGAGAAACAGAUGUUCAGGGUAGUAUAAAUAAUGAAAAGGAAAUUUUAACUGUUCCAGAAAACGAAAAUGAUGGUAUUUUAAAUGCCGCUGGUUUGGAUUAUUUUGGAAAGCAUACCAUGACUGACAACAGCUCCUUCACCCAAACAGGAAAAGAGCAAUCUGAUCAAGUAGAGCAGAGGCCAGUUGAUAUUACAAAGGAAAAUGCUGAGGAAACCACAUCUCCAGCUGCAAGCUUAGAAAAUAUUUUAGAGUUUUCUUUACUAGAAAGCAAACUGGAUGAAACUUUUAAUGGUGUGAUAAGGAAAGAAAAAGUAACAACUCACAAAGACAUUUCAAAGGUAUUAAAUGAAGAUAAACGGCUUGAUUCUGUUAAGAAAAAUGAUAAAAAUAUAGAGGAGGAACUGAACUUAGUAGGUGUGCCUUUAUUUAACACUGAAAAAGGCAUCUUAUCCCAACCUCCAUUAACCCCCUUCCCAAACACUACAGUUGACCCUCAGCUUAUAGCAGGGCAGUCCGCUGAGGCAUCUUGGAACAGGGAUCUGUAUGAAAAAGCAGAGGAAGAUCGCUGUAAAUAUCCAUCUGAUGAAAACAUUAAGGAUACUGAUGUGCCUUUUCAUAGAAAACUUGAUGCCCCAGAUGAUGAAAUUGCACCUUACUUUGAAAGAGGCAUCCCUAAAGAUGAUAGUUCAAAUAACUUGGAAGAUUCCCAAGCGGAAAAAGUUCUGAAGAACCAGCAUGUUAAAGAAGAACCAAGAGUCUUGCAAGGUGCAUAUGAAUCACAUAAAAAAGAAUGUGAGUCUGUUUGCAUUCCAGCUGAAGCAACUGCUCAAGCAGGACUCUUGUCAUCAAGAGAAAUUGUUAAGGGGAUGAAUGAUGGCUUGACAGCGGGGCCAGCAGAGAUUGCAAAUUAUGUAAGAGCUGUGACUUGUAAGCCAACACAUGCAAUACCCUUUGGAGGAAGGUCCUAUCUCACAGGUGCAACCAGUGAUGAGAGCAGUCAGGACAGAGUAGAAGAAUCCCCCUCUUCAGAAACAAGCCAGGUGUUGCCAGAGGAAACGAGCGAUGAGGAGUCUAGUCCAAUACUGGAUUAUGCAGCAAGUGUUUAUCAAAAGGAAGCCUUCGUGCAAGAUGAAUCAAAAGAUGUUACUUGUCUUGCAACUGACCAAACCCAGCCAUCUGAAAUAACAGAAGAUGGUGUAGUAGAUAAUGACAUGGUAAGAAAACCUGUUGAAGAAGGUGCUCAGUUUCAUGAAGCAUGCCACCAUGUUAGCCCUCAAAGUGAAGAACAGUUCGUUUCAGUCCUUGAGCCUAUGGCACAAGGCACAUAUGCUUUAAAUCAUGAACAUCUGUCAUCUUGGGACCUUGAAGAUCAACCUUAUGAAAAAAGUGUUGGAGAAAAUAUUGCCAGUGAUCUCGCUAAGCACAACAGAGAAGAUACAAGCCAACAACUUUCAGCAUCUGAAGCAAAAUCUGAGAAAGCAUUUGGGGAAUUUGACUUCACACUUUUGUCUCAUGAUUUUGAAUCUUAUCCAUUAUACUCAAUAAAAGAGGAAGAAUACAGUGAUGAUGACGAUCUGGCUGAGCUCAUGGAAUAUGAAAUGGUUACACAAGAUGAUGUUUUUCAAGAAGAAACACCCUCAGAGGUAGCUCAUGAAGAGCUGCUGUUUGGCGACAGGAAAUCUUUAGAGCACAUUAGCGAUAGUUGUGAAUUUGUAAGUGAAAAAGAAGCCAAUACGUAUGCUGAAGAAGAAGAGUUGAUGGGUCUAGAAAAGCUACCAAAGAAUGUUACAGAAAGUGAGGUUCUGCUGAGAAAAACAGAGCUGGCACAAUUAGAGAACUAUUGCUGUGAGUGCAAAUGUCCCAUAUCUGCUGAUGGCAAGCUUUGGGGAGAGCAUAAAGACCAUAGUGUGACAAACUUGGACACAGGUGUGACUGAAUUAAAGGGUCAAUUGGAUGGAUUCCUAGAUGUUUUACAAGAACGGUCUCUGAAGAUUGAAGGAUUUGUCAGUGAAAUAGAGGCCCUUUUCAAUACUCUUGAGGAAAACUGUAAAGGAAAGGAACAGCUUUUGGAAGUGCAAAAUGAAAACAUUGUCAAGACGGUGCUAGAACACCAUGACCAAAAGGCACAGAGGUUUGAAGAAAUAAAGAACACAAAAAUGGAGUACCUCUAUGAACAGAUGGUUAUUUUUCAAGAAUAUAUGGAUACAGCAAAAGAGACUUUGGAGACAAUCAUAAAAGAAACUGAAGAAAUGGAUGAUUUUGUUUUCCUAAGCUCAUCGGAAGAAAUAAACAAAAGGUUACUUUCUGCUGUGGAGGAUAUUCUGACUUUAGAAAAAAUGCCCACUGCAUUUUCGCAUUUUGAACAUUUUGCAGGCAAUUCAGCAACUGGUGAUUGGGCCUUAGAACAUAUGCCUGUUCCAAAGACCCCAAAAUUACAACCCCAGGAGCCAAACUCAGCUACGAGCACCUCAAUUGCAGUUUACUGGACUGUGAGUGAAGAUGAUGUCAUUGAUUUCUUCCAAGUCUAUUGUGUGGAGGAACACCCAAGAAGGCAAGAACAAAGUGGAUUGGUAGAAGAAUAUCGUGUUACUGUGAAAGAGAGCAACUGCAUUUUGGAAGACCUGGAACCUGGCCAUUGCUAUAGUGUGUGGAUUAUGGCUGUGAACUACACCGGAUGUAGCUUUCCCAGCGAGAAAUCCAUAUUUAGAACUGCUCCCCCCACGCCUGUAAUAAAGGCUGAAGACUGCACUGUAUGUUGGGAUACUGCCACCAUUCGCUGGAGCACUGGCAACUUAGGAGCAACAGACUCUUUCACGCUUGAGUACUGCAGGCAGUAUUCUCCAGAAGGAGAAGGCCUCAGAUCUCUGGCUGGAAUUAAAAGACCUGAACUGCAAGUUAAUCUAGAACCAAAUAUAAAUUAUUUCUUCUAUGUGAGAGCUGUUAACGUCUUUGGAACAAGUGAACAGAGCGAAGCUGCUCUCAUCUCGACAAAAGGAACUAGAUUUCAUAUAAUGAAAGAAACAGUUCACCCCGCAUUGCAAGUAUCACCCAAUGGAACGACAAUAUGCCUUCCCAAGGAAACCCAAAUCACCGGAAUCUCAACAGUUUGGGGAGAGCUCUUGUCUUCUCGAGGACUACAUUACUGGGAAGUCACUGUGACUGGCUGCGAGAGUUACAAGACUGGAAUCUGCUACUCCACUGUACCACCUGACAGUGUCCUGGGGCAGAACAUUUCUUCUUGGUGCUUGUAUUGCUCUAGCAAAACCAGUCUCGUCUACAAAGUUCUCCACAAUGGCAAGAUGAGUGAUGUUAUUGUAACAGAACAGCCGGCUCGGGUUGGCAUUCUGCUGGACUAUAAUGCUGGAAGACUUUUAUUUUUCAAUGCAGAACGAGGACAAGUCCUCUUUGCCAUCAGGCAGAAAUUCACUGCUGCUGUUCACCCUGCCUUUGGCUUGGAGCAGCCAGGAAUCCUUCACCUGCAUACAGGAAUGGAGCUACCAGAAUUUGUGAAGCAUAGCUAGAAGUUUUCUUUCCACCUACCUGCAAGACAAACCAUUAGAAUUUGAUUUAAAAAAAAAGCCGAAAAGACUUAGGGUGAUCUUUUUUACCUCUUUACCAUAAGAAGAGCCCUGCUGGUCCAAACCAACAAUCCAGCCAGUGCACCCGCCUGCUUCUCACAAGAGCCUGCCAGAUGCUGUUACUCAGAUCAGCAGUUGUGUCAGGCCUGUCAUGUGAAGAGCAUCCCUACACAUGAAGCACUGGAACUUGAGUACAGGGUAAAUGGGGAACCCUGAAGUCUGUUUAUGCACUGGUCCCAUUUCAGCACAGUGAGAGAAGAGUGGAAGGGAGACAGGUCCUUAAUCAGAAAGUAAUUGUAUUGCCCUAACCAAGAUACUGACUAGAGAACAAGGAUUCAGUACAGAAAAACAAAAGAGCAAGCAAUUAUAUAAUGGACAUCAAUAAAAUUUCAGUCAUUUUACACAA